AUGGCUUUUACAAACACACACAGUGAAACCUUAAGAUCGUCAACUUGGGUUCCUUUGGUUGCGCGCGUUGACGAUCCUUCGAGAGAAGAACCUUUUCUUGUCAAAUCUAUUUUCACAGAAAAUUCUUAUCUUGUAUUAUUUACUGAUCUACGGUAUGUCUGGUUUGAAGAAUUAUUUGACGAAUAUUUGCUUCCUCAACGUUCCGAUAUAACUCAUAAAGUUACUAAAGGUCACGACGGCACGUUCUUGUUUGAAUCAAAAAGAACUAUUGGUCCGAUGGAAUUGGUUUGGAAAUUUCAUUGUGAUUUGAUCCCUUCAUCACUUCCUAUGAAGUCGCCAAAUUCUAAUGUGCAGCAAAUCGAUGGUGUUACGGUUUUAUAUACUCAUUUCAUUCUACCUCAAAUAUUGAUAACUUCUGCUUAUAACAAACAAUUAGAAAUUUUACAUAAUGCAAUCAAAUCAAAAGAGGAUGAAUUUAAUGAAACUGUACGCUUAAUGUCUUUGGUAAGGUUACAACAUAAGUUUGACAAAAAUGCACAUACAGAACCACCAUCUUUUGAUCCAAAAUCUUCAUAUGAUGAAAUUGAAAAGAAUAUUCAGAAUUUUGAGGUUCUUGAUUCAUGCGCGCCAUUAAACAUUUGUGAAGGUCCUAUCUUCUCAAAAUUAUUCAAAACCGCGACAGAACGCGUUAUUGCGCAAACCAAGGUUAUACCGGAAAAUAAGUAUCUCCAAAAAACAUCAUAUUCGUCAGGAGCGCCCUCUAUUACCACGUUAGAAAAUAUAUCACAAAUACCAACAAUGAAAUUACCGAGUUUAUCAGAUUCACAAUUAUCAAAAAUGUUUACACCACACGUAUUAUCACUUGAAGAUGGUGUUAACCCUUCACAAGCUUCAACGAUCGAAUUACCAACUAUUGAUUCAUUUCAUGAUUCACAAUCCAAAGAUGAAGAAGAAUUGACUCGCAUUCAAGCUGAAGAAGAGAUCGAAAAGGCUCGAAGGGCGGCUGAAGAUGCAAAGGCUAGAGAGCGUGAAAAAAGACAGCAUCUUAAAGAUUUGGCCGUAAAACAAGCCGAAAAGGCCGCAAAGAAACGCAAGAAAGUUAUUUAA